GAGCUCUAUCUACAAGACAAAAACGCGCAUAAUAUAAAAAUGGAUCGAAAUAACAAAGGAGAGCGGGCACCGCAACGCGCAACUGGCAAAGCUGGAAAUUUGAAUUCCAGACACAAUCCGUUUAGUGAUUCAAAUCACUUGCCAUCGAUCCCUCUACAAUCCUCCAAUGCGCAUUCUCAGAAUCUUGAAGCAAGUGCUGCAUCCUCUUCGCGCACAUCCAACAGAAGAUCAAUAAUCAUGGCUCGAGGAGCAUUUUCUAAAGGAUUGAAUGUGUUCAAGGAAAAGGAGUUGACUCAAGGUAACCAGAGCCUGUCAAAUGCAGACUUAUCUGAGUACCUCAUUCCAUCUAAUGAUAAAGACGGACGAGGAAGUCCAACGGAGAUUAGCCAAAUGGUGAAGGGUUUGCCUUCCUUGACUCGUAGCCAAGAUAAUUCUACGUUUUCACCACGUCCAUAUGCUAUUACCCGAAAUCAAUUACCAGACAGUCACUCACGUGGGUUGAGCACAUAUACCAAUGAUAUGGACUCAUUUGGUAUGGAGAGCACGUAUGGCGAUGGACUUCAUACUACAAAAGAGAAUCAAUAUUCGUCUCAUCAUCGCGAGGGUACCCCUCCCAACAACCCAACGGUGUGCAACGACUUCUGCCAACCGCAUUCAUAUUCGGAUCGCGGCGAUGCUACCAUGGCUGGUCCUUCUACUACCCAACAACCAUAUGGUCAUUACCAGAACCCGACUUUGAUCGCCAAAGGUCCUGGUGAUAAUACUGCCCCAGUUUUUGCGAGAUCGAAUGCAUUGUCCUUCGCAAAUAAAGUACCGUACAGUGGCAAAGCUAUUCCAGAGAGCAACUUGGAUCAACUAGGUGCUCUCACUAGUCCCAAGGGCAAUAGUUCGAAAAAAGGCAAAGAUAAGAAGCCUAAGAGAAGCAAAUUCUCUCCUAACUCAACGGCGGUUUCUGCGGUCUCUGAGGAUGAACUCUACUCGGGCUUAAGCGAUAUGCACAUGGGACUUUUCCUUUCUACUUAUAAUGGAAGACGAGCCUCCCCCUCUCCUCCUAAAGCCGCUAAAUCAACUAAUUUCCCGACUGAGCUACCACCACGACCAACUCCGCGACCCCCCCUUCCGAUCAGAGUGACCGCUGAAGCAAGAGCUCAGUUUGCCGCAAGGAAACAAGACGAACGUCUAGCGUUAGAGCGGCGCUUAGCAGAACCUCAUCUAGUACGACGAUCUGUACCGAAUAAUAACAAAGGGAGCAUUGGAUUUUUUAACAAUCUGACAUCCAAUAGCUGGGUUGCAGUUGGAGCGACUCAAUUCGGGAUAGUGUCGACAGCAGUUUGCGUUGGAGUGAUAAUUGCCGUAAAGAGCACAAACGACAAACCAGGCCCUUUUAUCAUCAGCGUUCCAGUCAUCUGGUGGCUCGUUCUUAGCGUUCUUCUCUUAUUAGUUGGAAGUUCAACAUUUAUAGUAAUGCUGGUACGUGGAGUGGCCCAUAAACCUCAGGUCGGUUCCAGACGACCCACCGGAAGUCGAGAUAUUGCAGAUGGCAAUCUUAGAACUCGUGGCGAUCUGGAGAGUGGAAUUCCCGGCCCACAAUCUUUUGAAAUGGUUCCAGUUGCUCAUACACCUCGGCAGGGAACAUUUCCCUCCUUCGCUACACCCGAGACCGUUCAAAACUCAUAUGCUGAGGUUCUGAAACCUAAUGCAGACAUGUCUAGGCAAGUUCCAAACGCCAACUAUGGCUUUGAACAAGUUCCGGUGUAUGGAGCUAGAGGUGGACCAGACUUCCAGUUUCCCAGAAUGAUCAAUUCAGACCACGAGGAUUCCAACUACACUCCAGCCGUUGCAGAAUCACCUUUGACUCCCUUGCCACAGGCUAUAUUCAGCCCGGGUUUCUCUCGACAAGCCGAUUAUUUCACUACAAACCAUCAUACUCCUAGCAAACCAAGUGGAUUUCGCCCUGUCAAUGUCUCCACGCCAGAUUCUCCCUUCACCCCGACUGGAAUGCCAGCACGAACAUCAGUCAGGAGUAGAGAUAGUCUAGUAGCAGCUGCAACCCAUCGAGAUCUAGCAAUGAGAACCCUCAUGGGAGAAAGUCCAGUCCAAGAAAACUCACUUGACAUCACCGACAUCUGGAACGGAUAUCAAAGCACGAUUGAUCCCGCAACACUAUCACAAACGCCCAUGUAUGCAUACAUGCCAUCUCCACAUCCUCUGCGCCAUACGCCAAAAACCCUACAAUACCAAGCUGCCAGUACAUUCGUACCUAUGGACACUAUCCAAUCAAGACUUAGCUCAAGGAUUGACUUGGACAUGGCAAUUCCACCCACCCUUAAGCGUGUCGAAACCGAAGGUCCUCUGGAGAAGUUGGAAAAGAGUCUCAGUCACCAGAGCGCGCAGAUUGCAUUAGGACAGCAGCAUCCUCAAUCACCCGAUCCCGAUGAGCGACCCCGCAAAAUCUGCCAUAAACGCAUCGUAGACGGCAAGCUCAAGCAGUAUGGAUCACGAGAUGAGAAUUCCGAAGGUGAUUUUGCUACAGCUAGUAGUAGUGGCAGCAACGUACAUCGGCAACGGCCAGAGGCAAUCGACUACAGAGAUGUGGCACAGGCUACUAUCGGCACUCUAGCUUCUCGAAUAAAUACCGAGGAAAGUUCAGCACCGGAUAAUAUCGAUGUAGCUGAUUCUACCUUUUCAUCAAGAAACCCCUACCGCGAUAGCAUGAAUGAUGGCGACAACAACCAGGGCAAUAUGGAGACGUUACCUGCUACAUACUACACUGGUAAUGGCAAGGGUAAAGGUCGUGCCUUUGAUUAAUACUCUCUGAUUAUUCUUCUUUUUUCAAAGUCGAAAACUGCAAGGUAUUAUCUAGACGGCCAACAUUCAUCCUAGUGUUUCGAAAUCACAUCACAAUUCA